AUGGAGCAGUAUGAGAAGGUUGAGAAAAUCGGAGAAGGGACGUAUGGUGUCGUGUACAAAGCACGUGAUAGACUGACCAAUGAGACGAUAGCGCUGAAGAAGAUUCGGCUAGAAGCCGAAGACGAGGGUGUCCCAAGCACCGCUAUUAGAGAGAUUGCACUGCUGAAGGAGAUGCAGCACGGGAAUAUUGUCAGGCUUCAAGACGUCGUGCACGCUGACCGAAGGUUGUACCUUGUCUUCGAGUACCUUGAUCUGGACCUUAAGAAGCAUCUUGACACGAGCCCUCACAUUGCGCAGGACAGGAUGAUUAUCAAGUCUUACAUGUACCAGAUUCUUCAAGGAGUAGCAUACUGCCACGCUCACCGUGUUUUGCACCGGGACUUGAAGCCUCAGAACCUGCUCAUCGACCGUCAGACGAAUUCCUUGAAGCUUGCUGAUUUCGGCCUUGCCAGGGCCUUUGGGAUUCCAGUGCGGACGUUCACGCACGAGGUCGUGACCUUGUGGUAUAGGGCCCCAGAAAUCCUUCUGGGUUCAAAUCACUACGGAACGCCUGUGGACAUCUGGUCUGUUGGUUGCAUUUUUGCGGAGAUGAUAAAUCAGCGCCCCCUAUUCCCAGGAGAUUCUGAAAUUGAUGAGCUGUUCAAAAUAUUCAGAAUGUUGGGAACGCCUAAUGAUGAUAAUUGGCCAGGAGUUUCACAACUUCCUGACUACAAGACAUCGUUUCCUCAAUGGACAUCUAAGGAUCAUCAGUCCAUUGUGCCAAACUUGGAAAAGAGUGGGAUUGAUCUUUUGUCUAAAAUGCUUUGUCUUGACCCGAGUAAGCGUGUCACUGCACGAGAAGCACUUGAGCACGAGUACUUCAGAGAUUUGUUGAAUCUAGCCGGUCGUUGA